UCCUCCUCCUCCUCUCUCUCCAUUAAUACCCUUAAUAGCUCCUCAUCCAAUAAAGAACAAGAAUAUCAAAUUCCAUUCUUUAACCUUCCCUACAACCUCUCUCCCUACCGCUAUUUCUUCCCCUUCCUCGCAACAUAUACCUCACACCUCACCAUCUUUUGGUGUCCUCUCACUCGUUCCUCUUUCUCUCUCUAGAACAGACACCCCAAAUUUAAACAACGCAGUCACUAGGGAGAAAAAAGAAAAGGAAAACCUGGUUUAAAAGGAGCAGCAGCUGCCCCGGGCGGAGAGGAAGGCGAGGAGCGCGCGCGGCGAGGAGAGAAGAGAGGAGGCGAGGAGUCGGCGGUGCAGAGAUAGCGGGAAGGGAUCGUCCAAAAAGGGCCAGCAGACGGAUGGCGUCGUCGUCUGCGUCGUCGGUGCCGGCUCCAUCGGGCUCUGUGAUCACUAUGGCGUCGUCUUCGUCGUCAGCAGCCGCUGCGGGGGUGUGCGGCACGGGCUCCCCGUGCGCGGCGUGCAAGUUCCUGCGCCGCAGGUGCCAGCCCGACUGCGUGUUCGCGCCCUACUUCCCGCCGGACAACCCUCAGAAGUUCGUGCACGUGCACCGCGUCUUCGGCGCGAGCAACGUGACCAAGCUGCUGAACGAGCUCCACCCAUUCCAGCGUGAGGACGCCGUGAACUCGCUCGCCUACGAGGCCGACAUGCGCCUCCGCGACCCCGUCUACGGCUGCGUCGGCGUGAUCUCCAUCCUCCAGCACAACCUCCGCCAACUCCAGCAGGAUCUCGCCCGCGCCAAGUACGAACUCUCCAAGUAUCAGGCGGCGGCGGCGGCUUAUGCGUCGACGGGGCCGAACGGGCCGCAAGCGAUGGCAGAGUUCAUCGGCAACGCGGUGCCCAACGGCGCGCACAACUUCAUCAACAUUGGCCACUCGGCUGCGCUCGGCUCCAUCGCGGGCUCCCCCGUCUUCGGGCAAGAUCAGUUCGCCAACCCGCAGAUGCUGUCCAGGAGCUACGACGGCGAGCCCAUCACGAGGCUGGGGAUCAACGGCGGGUACGAGUUCGGGUACUCGACCACGAUGGGCGGGGCCCGUUCUUUAAGUCAGGCACCGCCGGCGGCGACGAGAAACCCAGCGCCGGGCAGUAGGCGACCGGCCGGUGUGAUCGAUCAAUCUUUUCAGGUUCCUGACUUGAAGAAAAAAAAUCCGCGAAGUGCUGAGGACUACAUGGCAUGGGAGGAUCCUAAAUGCCCAUAGUUAUGAUGGUUAAUUUUCAGUCGAUUUUACAUGAGUCCGUGUUUAUGUUGUUUACUUGUUUGUUAAUGCUUCUCUCUUCCAUCCACAAGAUCGUCGAACAUUUCAUGUGUCUAUGCUGUUGAUGCACUGGAAGCAAACAUGCAUUGUCCCGGACUUUUAUCA